AUGGCGGAACUCAAAUCCCUCGCAAUUCUCUCCAUCAUCUUGCUAAAUCUGAUCUCGAUUCUCCCAUUCCGAACAGUAUCUUUCUCUCCCGAUCACCCCACCGAUCGCCAGAUCCUAGUUCUGCUCGACAGUUUAUCCCUCAAGUCAUCGCAUUCCCUCUUCUUUGCAGCCCUCCAAUCCCGCGGAUUCAACCUCGAUUUCAAGCUCGCCGAUGAUCCUUCCGUCGCCGUCAAGCGCUAUGGCCAGUACUUGUACGACGGCAUCAUUCUCUUCUCUCCUACAGCUGACCGGUUUGGAGGGUCGUUGGAUGUGAAGGGGAUUUUAGAUUUUGUUGAUUCGGGCCGUGAUUUGAUUUUGUCCGCCGAUUCGAAUGCCUCUGAUUUAAUUCGGAACAUAGCCGCCGAAUGCGGUGUAGAUUUUGAUGAGGAUCCUUCUGCUAUGGUUAUCGAUCACACUGGUUACGCUGUCUCAGAAAAUGCUGGAGACCAUACCUUAAUUGCUUCUGAUAAUUUUAUUCAGUCUGAUGUUAUUCUUGGAAGCAGUAAAAUAGAGGCCCCUGUCCUCUUUAAAGGGAUUGGACAUUCAGUGAAUCCCGAAAAUAGCUUGGUUUCGAAGGUUCUUUCUGCAUCUUCUUCAGCUUAUUCCGCAAAUCCAACCUCAGAAUUGUUAAACCCUCCACCUCUUACUGGAACAGCUAUAUCAUUAGUUUCGGUUCUCCAGGCUAGGAAUAAUGCAAGAGUUAUGAUAUCUGGAUCAUUGGACUUGUUUAGCAACCAGUUGUUCAGAGAAGGAGUGCAGAAGAAUGGGAGCUUGAAAAAAUAUGGAAAAUCUGGUAACGAACAAUUUGUCGCUGAACUUAGCAAGUGGAUAUUCCAUGAAAGAGGUCAUCUGAAGGCCGUCAACCUGAAGCACAAUAAAGUUGGUGAAAGUGAAGAGCCUUCAACGUACAGGAUCAAUGAUGAUCUGGAAUUCUCUGUGGAAAUCUAUGAAUGGUCUGGUACUAGUUGGGUCCCGUAUGUCGCAAAAGACGUUCAAGUGCAGUUCUACAUGAUGAGCCCCUAUGUCUUGAAAACUUUGUCCACAAACCAGAAGGGACACUAUUACACUUCAUUCAAGGUACCAGAUGUUUAUGGAGUUUUCCAGUUUAAGGUCGAGUAUCAGAGGCUUGGGUACUCUAGCUUCUCAUUGUCGAAACAGAUUCCCGUAAGACCCUUCCGGCACAAUGAAUAUGAGAGAUUCAUCACAACGGCUUUUCCUUACUAUGGUGCUUCAUUUUCUACGAUGGCUGGAUUCUUCAUCUUCAGCAUCAUUUACCUGUACCACAAGUGA